AUGGACCUCAGAGAACUCUCUAUGGUGGCCUCGGCUCAGCAAGCAGCAAAUGUUUCGGACACUCAAAAAGCUCACUAUUCCCCGCCGUGGGCCGACAUGAGUAUCAUUGGUAUUGCUGGCUCUUCUGGUUCAGGUAAAACAAGUCUGGCCGUGGAAAUCAUUCAGUCCCUGAACUUGCCUUGGGUCAUUAUUCUGUCCAUUGAUUCAUUCUACAAGUCCUUAACGCCGGAACAAAAUGCCCGGGCCCAUCGGAACGAAUACGACCUCGACUCCCCCGAGUCUAUAGAUUUCGACCUUCUCGUUGAGAAAUUGAUGGAUCUGAAGCAAGGAAAGAGAACCGACAUCCCGGUUUAUUCAUUUCAGCAGCACCAGAGACUGGACAAGACCAUCUCGAUCUAUUCUCCGCAUGUCGUUAUUCUUGAAGGCAUCUUGGCCUUGAAUGACCCAAGGGUGUUCAACUUGCUGGACUUGAAGAUCUAUGUUGAAGCGGAUGCAGAUGUCUGUUUGUCCAGACGAAUUGUUCGUGAUGUCAGAGAACGAGGUCGUACCAUUGAGGGUACUAUCAAGCAAUGGUUCAGCUACGUCAAGCCGGUCUUCCAACGCUACGUUGAGCCACAGAGGGAAAUUGCCGAUCUCAUUGUCCCUCGUGGCAUGCAGAACAAGAUGGCCAUUCAAAUGAUCGUCAAUCAAACGCGACAGAUGUUGAAGGAGAAGUCUAUCAGGCACAAUGCCGAAUUGGAAAAGUUAGGCAAACAGGUCGAAGACUACACUCUCUCAGAGAACGCCAUUAUUCUUGCCGGCAAGCCACAGAUUAUCGGAGUCUCGACAAUCCUCAGAAAUCCCGUGACUUCUCAGGUGGACUUCAUCUUCUAUUUUGAUAGAUUGACAGCUCUUCUGAUCGAAAAAGCUCUGGACUGUCACCACUACGUUUCUGCUGAUGUUACAACACCUCACGGGUACAAAUAUUCUGGCCUCAAAUCUGCCGGGAAAGUUUCGGCCGUGGUUAUCCUCCGAGGUGGAAGUUGUAUGGAGACUGGUCUUAAAAGAACCAUUCCAGAUUGUUUGACCGGUCGAUUACUUAUCCAAUCCAACCUUCGCACAGGAGAGCCGGAGUUGCACUAUUUGAAGUUGUUCCCCGAUCUGGCAGAACAUGAAACAGUGAUGCUUCUUGACCCACAGAUGUCUAGUGGUGGAGCUGCUCUCAUGGCCGUCAAGGUUCUGGUGGAUCAUGGAGUCUCGGAAGAAAGAAUUGUCUUUGUUACCUGUCUCGCAGGCGGACGAGGAAUGAAGAGGUUGAUGACCGUAUUUCCCAAGAUCAAAGUGGUGGCUGCCAAUAUUGUCGAUGAUUAUGAGAAGAGAUGGGUGGAAGAAAGAUACCUUGGUUGUUAG